CGCUCUAACUCAGAGUAUCCGCUCUUUCGCUGCCGUUAUGCCCUAUGCCUAAACGGCUCAGCUAACUACUUCCGGAAGUUUUAUUAUCAAUGAUUUUGUCACUUGUGUUGGAUUAAAACACUACUCUGGUGUUUGUCUUUUGUUGUUGUCAAAAAAAAUGUCGUACAACUACGUGGUAACAGCUCAGAAACCUACGGCAGUCAAUGCCUGCAUCACAGGUCACUUCACCUCUGCUGAAGACCUCAAUCUGCUCAUAGCUAAAAACACACGGUUGGAGAUCUAUGUGGUGACAGCCGAGGGGCUGAGGCCCGUCAAGGAGGUGGGCAUGUAUGGAAAGAUUGCUGUCAUGGAGCUCUUCAGGCCAAAGGGUGAGAGCAAGGACCUGCUGUUCAUUCUCACGUCCAAGUACAACGCCUGCAUCCUCGAAUACAAACAGAACGGGGAGAGCAUUGACAUCAUCACUCGUGCCCACGGCAAUGUCCAGGAUCGUAUCGGGCGUCCAUCGGAAACGGGUAUUAUCGGAAUUGUAGACCCAGAGUGCCGUAUGAUUGGCCUGCGGCUGUAUGACGGGUUGUUCAAGGUGAUCCCAUUGGACCGGGACAACCGUGAGCUCAAGGCCUUUAACAUCAGACUGGAGGAGCUGCAGGUCAUCGAUGUUCACUUCCUGUAUGGCUGCCAGGCCCCAACCGUCUGCUUCAUCUACCAGGACCCCCAGGGACGCCAUGUGAAGACCUACGAGGUUUCUCUGAGGGAGAAGGAGUUCAACAAGGGCCCCUGGAAACAGGAGAAUGUGGAAGCUGAGGCAUCUAUGGUCAUCCCGGUGCCAGAGCCAUUUGGUGGAGCUAUAAUCAUAGGACAAGAGUCCAUCACCUACCACAAUGGAGAUAAAUACUUGGCCAUUGCACCACCUACUAUCAAGCAAAGCACCAUUGUCUGUCACAACCGGGUGGACCCCAAUGGCUCUCGCUACUUGCUGGGGGACAUGGAGGGACGUCUGUUUAUGCUGCUGUUGGAGAAGGAGGAGCUCAUGGAUGGCACAGUGGCGCUCAAAGACUUGCAUGUGGAGCUGCUCGGAGAGACAUCCAUUGCUGAGUGUUUGACCUACUUGGAUAACGGCGUGGUCUUUGUGGGCUCCAGACUGGGCGACUCCCAGUUAGUGAAGCUCAACGUGGACAGCAAUGAACAGGGCUCGUAUGUGGCGGUGAUGGAGACGUUCACCAACCUGGGGCCCAUCGUGGACAUGUGUGUGGUGGACCUGGAGAGGCAGGGCCAGGGCCAGCUGGUGACGUGCUCUGGUGCGUUCAAGGAGGGCUCCCUUCGGAUCAUUCGCAACGGCAUUGGGAUUCAUGAGCAUGCCAGCAUUGACCUUCCGGGAAUCAAAGGCUUGUGGCCGCUCCGCUCAGAGGCAGGCCGAGAGACAGAUGACAUGCUGGUGCUGUCUUUCGUGGGACAAACACGAGUGUUGAUGCUGAGUGGCGAGGAAGUCGAGGAGACUGAACUUCCCGGCUUUGUGGACAACCAGCAGACAUUUUACUGUGGCAACGUGGCUCACCAGCAACUCGUUCAAAUCACGUCGGGCUCUGUGCGCCUGGUGCUCCAGGAGAGCAAGGCAUUAGUGAGUGAAUGGAAGGAGCCACAGGGCAGGAACAUCAGCGUGGCUGCCUGUAACCACACUCAGGUGGUGCUCGCCGUGGGCCGAGCUCUCUACUACCUGCAGAUCCUGGCUGGAGAGCUCAAACAGAUCAGUACCACGGAGAUGGAGCACGAGGUGGCCUGCCUGGACAUCACACCUCUGGGGGAGGGUGGCGGUGAGUCACCACUCUGCGCUGUGGGACUCUGGACCGACAUCUCAGCCCGUGUGCUCAAAUUGCCCUGCUUUACAGCCCUGCACAAGGAAAUGCUCGGCGGAGAGAUCAUCCCUCGCUCCAUCCUAAUGACCACCUUCGAAGGCAGCUACUACCUGCUGUGUGCGCUGGGAGACGGAGCGCUCUUCUACUUUGGUCUGGACCUGCAGACUGGCGCCCUGAGCGAGCGUAAGAAGGUCACGCUCGGCACUCAGCCCACCGUGCUGAGGACCUUCAGGUCCCUGUCCACUUCCAACGUCUUCGCCUGCUCCGACCGACCCACUGUCAUCUACUCCUCCAACCACAAGCUGGUCUUCUCCAACGUCAACCUCAAGGAGGUCAACUAUAUGUGCCCACUCAACUCGGAGGGUUAUCCCGACAGCCUGGCUCUGGCCAACAACAGCACUCUGACCAUCGGUACCAUCGACGAGAUUCAGAAACUCCACAUUCGCACCGUUCCCCUCUAUGAGUCUCCCAGGCGGAUCUGCUACCAAGAGGUUUCCCAGUGUUUCGGGGUUCUAUCCAGCAGGGUGGAGAUUCAGGAUGUGAGCGGCACCACAUCUGCUGUGCGCCCCAGUGCCAGCACUCAGGCUCUCUCCAGCAGCGUGAGCUCCAGCAAGCUCUUCCCCAGCAGCACUUCUCCCCACGAGACCUCUUUUGGUGAGGAGGUGGAGGUUCACAGUCUGCUAGUCGUGGAUCAGCACACCUUUGAAGUCCUCCAUGCCCAUCAGUUCCUCCCCAGCGAGUACGCUCUCAGCAUGGUGUCAUGUCGUCUGGGAAAAGACCCGUCAGUGUAUUUUAUCGUCGGCACCGCCAUGGUGUACCCAGAGGAGGCUGAGCCCAAGCAGGGACGCAUCAUUGUCUUCCACUACACUGACGGUAAGCUGCAAACUGUGGCUGAGAAGGAGGUGAAAGGAGCUGUCUAUUCUAUGGUGGAGUUCAAUGGCAAACUGCUGGCCAGCAUCAAUAGCACAGUCCGUCUGUACGAGUGGACGGCUGAGAAGGAGCUGAGGACCGAGUGUAACCACUACAACAAUAUCAUGGCUCUUUACUUGAAGACCAAAGGAGAUUUCAUCCUGGUGGGAGACCUGAUGAGGUCCGUCCUGCUGCUGGCGUACAAACCCAUGGAGGGAAACUUUGAAGAGAUUGCACGUGACUUUAAUCCUAACUGGAUGAGUGCUGUGGAAAUCCUGGACGACGACAACUUCCUGGGGGCAGAGAAUGCAUUCAAUCUGUUUGUCUGCCAGAAGGACAGUGCGGCCACCACAGAUGAGGAGCGGCAGCACCUGCAGGAGGUGGGGGUCUUUCACCUCGGGGAGUUUGUAAAUGUCUUCUGCCACGGCUCGCUGGUGCUGCAGAACCUGGGCGAGAGCUCCACACCCACCCAGGGCUCUGUGCUCUUUGGCACGGUUAACGGCAUGAUUGGUCUGGUGACGUCCCUGUCUGAGGGCUGGUACAGCCUUCUCCUGGAUCUGCAGACCCGCCUCAACAAGGUCAUCAAGAGCGUGGGCAAGAUCGAGCACAGCUUCUGGAGAUCCUUCCACACGGAGCGUAAGACAGAGCAAGCCACAGGAUUCAUCGACGGGGAUCUGAUUGAGAGCUUCCUGGAUCUGGGUCGAGCCAAGAUGCAGGAGGUCGUCAGUACUCUACAGAUCGAUGACGGCAGCGGCAUGAAACGUGAAGCCACAGUAGACGAGGUAAUUAAGAUUGUGGAGGAGCUGACGAGGAUCCACUAACCCCGACCGGCAUCCGGACGCCCGCUGAGUGAGAGGAGCGUCCCGAGGAGGAGCGAUGGUCCAAACGCCGAGGAAGGGUUUUGGUUUUGCAGAUUUGUAAAUAAUUAUAAAUAAACAGUUUGUGCAUGUUCGUCCUUUAGACUUCAAUGAUUUGUCAACCGUUGAGGCCCUAAAGGUGCUGCACGAUGAGUGUAGCAUUCUUUAUUUAGACAAGAGUCUCUGGGCGAAGUGCGUAGCAUCCUGUUUGGACAAUAAAAAGACCAAAGUAAAGACAUUGGUCUGAGUGUGUUUGAGUGUGUGUGGGCAUGUGUGAUUGCGUCUGUGUGGAAUAACGUGUGACUAUAAAAAGGAAAAAAAAAAAAAAAAAAAAAGAGAGAUUUUCCUCACCAAAAACAUUCUCUGGGAUAUAUUUGUGACCGUUGCAGGCAGAUCGAAGCAGUAAGAAGAUCCUCUACACCCCACAGUUUAAAUGUGACUGGCUUACACUUUUCAAGUUUAUUAUUGAAGUCUGGAGUAAACACGCUGUAUGAAAAAGAAAAUGGGUAAAAUGAUAGAUUUAUAGCUAUUUUGUCUUUGUGAUGUUUUCUUUGUUUAUUCUAAUAAACUUUGCUUUAGUACUGUU